AGGCGAUCGGAGGAGCGUGUCGACUUGAAAGCGACUCUGGCGGCUCUCACGUUUCCCUGCCCCGCUCGCGUUACACUGCCGGACACUGUUACCGGUAUAAAUUCCGAAUCGUAGAUGUGUUUCAGGAGCUGUCCAUCCGCAACGCGCUCCCCCUCAUUACCUUAAAACAUCGGAGGCAUUUUUUUUUACCUGAACAAAGGCUAAUCUGAUCGCCGUAACAAGUGCAAAUCUCCCAACUGUCCAUUCUCAUCAGACAUAUUGGAGUUGUUCCGACUGGACAGGGUUCCGUCACCGCGGCCACUUUCAGCGACCCCCGCUGCGCCUAAACGGACAUAAGCUGCGCUCGACAACUGACGGACAACAUGCAAGCACCGCCGCUGCCCGGCUCACUGACUAUGCUGGACCCCGCAGGGCAAUUUUCAAAGAGGAAGAGGACUGCUUUAUGGUUCACAGUUUCUCUCCUGGUGCUCUCUUUUGUCAUUUUAGUGGUGGGUGUGACUUCUGCCACACGUACAGGAAAUGUUGCUGUUGCUGGAUAUUACCCAGGGAUCAUUCUCAGCUUUGGAUCAUUUCUGGGAGUUGUUGGCAUAAAUCUAGUUGAGAACAGGAGACCAAUGCUUGUGGCUUCAAUUGUCUUCAUCAGCAUUGGGGUGAUAGCGGCGUUCUUCUGUGCUAUUGUGGAUGGGGUAAUUGCCGCAGAGUAUAUUGACCCAAGGCCUCUGUCUGAAGGGAGGUGCAAAUUUUAUGCUGGGAGUCUGGAGUAUUCCUAUGAAAACUACUACACUAAAGUCACAUGUUACAACCAAAGCACUGCCUGUCAGAUGAAGGUCAGAAGUAACACUUGCUACUGCUGUGACCUCUACAAUUGUGACAAUCCUGAACACUUCACCGAGUUCUAUGAAUUCACAGCUGUUAAGAGGUGCAUGGAUGUCACCCAUCUUUACCGUCUGCUUUGGGCUUCUGUUGUGCUGAACAUUCUUAGCCUCUUCCUAGGGAUCGUCACAGCUGCUAUUCUUGGAGCUUUCAAGGACAUGGCAGCCUCUUCUCAGCUUCUUUUUAGCCAAGCACCACCUCCUCACAUUCUCUACAACCCUGCCCAACAGAUGAUGACCUACACUGGCUUUUGUGCACCUACCCAAGCUCUCCCGGCAUACCCAAAUUACUCACUGCCACACCAGCAUCAUACUCCUUUGCAAGCACCAUCGCCAACUGAAAGUUCAGCCAUAGAUGACCAUCAGCCAAUUCCCCAGUCUUCUUCUGGUUGUUCUCUUUCUCCCAAUGCCCCCACACUGAUCACACAAGCAUACAACCAAGCAGACAAGCCACCACCUUAUGCUUCUUGACUUUAACACACAGGAUACUAGUUUGGCUUAAUAAAAAGUACAUCUAAGGUGUGUUGUGAUUAUUUCACUUCUCAUGCAUUAAAACACCCACUUGAUGUUUAUAUGCUGUUUCAGUUAUCAACUUCAGCCAAGGAGUUUCUCUUCCUGAAAUUCUGUUAAAUAACUAAAUAAUUUCAUUAUUCUAGUAAUUAGUGAAUUAUGGUGUCAGCACAAAAGCAAAUUAAGCACAGUUAUUCAGCGAUAUUGUUUUUCUGUCAUUAGAAAGUCAGCAGAAAAAAUAGAAGUGUUUCUCAUAUGUGUGAUUUACUGUAGCUUCUUAAGAAGUGUUUUGUUUAAUGCAUCCAGUUAUUUUCAGUGCAUGUUUUUUAUUUUCAGAGAAGAGACAGAAUGAUGCUUAAAACACUACAUUGCUUUCAGUUAUGAAUUAUAAAAGUAAACUUUGUACUGCAUAUACCAUAUAGGAAAGUACAAACAAGUAGUGAGGAGGAUCUUAGAUAUCAGAUCUGAAGGAUGUAAUACAUAUAAAUUUCAUAUUCUGUGUGUGUGUGUGUGUGUGUGUGUAUGUAAAUAUAUAUUUAUGUUCAUCAGUUCCAGCUCUGUCCAUUUUAGUGUCAUGGAGUUUAGAGGCUAUCCCAUCAACGUCACGUACAAGGCAAGAACAAAUCCUGGGCUGGGUGCUAGUCCAUUGCAGGGCACACUCAUGCAUGCAUCCCCACAGUCACUUGUAAAAAUCCAAUUCAUAGUCACUAGUUAAGUCUAACACAUAUUUCUUUAGGUCAUGGUAGGACCAAUGGAGGAGCCACAGAAAACACCCACAAAAACAAACCACCACAUAAACUGUAAGUGAGCUAGAAUUCAGACUAAUCAUGCUUGUUUCAUAUGCUGUGUAUUUUUAGCAUAUUAUUGAAAUUAAAGGUAUUCAGAUCUUAAUGUAUAUUUUAAUAGCCCAAAAAGACUCCCCGAGUGAAAAUCAACAUCAAAUGCUGAUACGAUCCCACUUCAGAUGGAACUGUACAUGUUUGUAUUAAAUAAUGUUUCUUUAUCAUGUUUCCAGCUACAUUUUAUAUAUUUGUUGGGUAUUGUGCAUACCUUACAUUGCUUGCAAUAUUCUUCAUCUGCUGAUGAAUUCACACAGUACGUAAACAUUCUGCUGUGUUAGUGUAUAAUGUAUCAUCCACAGCUCUAUUUCACAAGUCUGUAGAUUUACAUUGAAAAUGAUAAAACUGAAUAUGGCAGCUGAUGACCUUAAAAAUGUUUUUUUUUUCUUUCUAGUUACUUUAUUUGGUGAAAUGUGUUAGUGUUCUGAUUUUCAGGUUCUGAGCUGUGGUCCUCAAGUGCCUUUGCAUGCUUCUUUGCACACUUAAUUGAAAGUUCCUGCCUUCUGCCCUGUACUUACCACACUGAGUCUCCACGUGAUCCUGAACUAAAUGAAAAAAUAAUGUUACACAAUGAAGAUGCUUUACAUACGUGUAAGUGUAGCUCUGUGAAAACAUAAUUAAAUAAAAAUCUUCUAUCAAAAGAAAAA